GGUGAAGUUACACGUAUAAAAGGAAUUCAAGGUUCCCCUAUUUUCUUUACGAAGGAGAGAUUCAAUAGACGGAAUGAAAGUGCUCGUUCUGUUGUCGAUUUUCGGACUAGCUGUGGCCGAGCCGCUUGUGGCCGAGCCCGUACCAGAAGCCGUAUAUGGAGAGGAAGCUUAUGAUAAUCCCGAGGAGAAUUCGGGUCUUUUCGAGGGUGAUAUUGACCUCCUGCCCGGAGAAAACCCAAUGCACAGAAAUGCUAUUGCCGAUAGAAGAAGGAGAUGGGCCAAUGGUAUUGUGCCAUACGAAAUCCAAUCAUCAUAUCCUGAAACCGUUAAAAACAUCUUUCAUCAAGCUAUGAAUGAGAUUGAAACGAGGACAAAGGUCAACGGAAAGACAUGUAUUCACUUUAAACCUCAUGCAGGCGAAAAAGGUUUCGUCAAAUUUGUAACAGGAACCGGGUGCCACACACCAGUUGGUUAUAUUGGACGUCAGUCAAGUGUUACUAUUGGACAUGGAUGUGAACGCAAAGGAACAGUAAUGCACGAGCUUUUGCACGCGCUCGGAUUUUGGCAUGAGCAGAGCAGAACAGACAGAGAUAACUAUGUUACAAUCGAUUUCAGUAAUAUUCAGAAAGGACAUGAAGGAAAUUUCAACAAAUACCCAGUUGGUUAUAUCGAUAUGUUGGGACAACCCUACGACUAUGGAAGUAUCAUGCACUACAGCGCAUAUGCAUUUGCUAUUGACCGUUCAAGGAAAACCAUUACUCCAAAACAGUCUGGAGUGACUAUUGGUCAGAGAGUCCGGCUUAGUGAUACAGAUGUCAAAGAAAUUCAACUUCUCUACGACUGUAUUCAAAGUACCAGCGGAAGUCAAGUGACUGGAUUUGUCACAGCCCCACCAAUCACAACUGCAAGACCUCCAACAGGCUCUGACGUGUGUACCUUCCAACAUAACUUCUGUCACUGGACGGAGCCACACUCAGAUCAGAACAAGUGGGUUAGACAUAAGGGUACUACACCAAGCUCGCAUACAGGGCCAACAAACGACGCUCAUGGUUCUUCUACAGGUUAUUACAUUUACGUUGAGGCGUCGGGACACAAGAGCCAAGUUUCAAAGAUCGAUUCCAAGUUGUUCGCCGGCGGUGAUUAUUGUGUUGAUUUCUACUAUAACAUGUACGGUUCCGACAUGGGCUACCUCCGUCUCAAUGUUAUUGCUGGCACACAUAUGUACCAUCUUAAACAAUGGAGCGGUAACCACGGAGAUCAUUGGGUACACCAGAAAAUGAACGCUCACAUUCACACUUCCGGUACAUUCAAGUUCGAAUUUGAAGCGCACACCGGAAACAGCUACCACAGUGAUAUUGCUCUUGAUGACAUCAUUAUACAUCCGGGCAACUGUUAACAAAGUCACGUGCUCGUCAGCAGUUAGUUUGUAAUGUAAAACAGUAUAGUUUAAUGUUAAAUAAUUGAAUAAACUACUAACUCAUA